AUGGAUGACUACACUAAGCAAUUGCUCGAACAAUGGGAUAUGGGGAUAUAUGUCUCUACAUUUGCUGAUAAUAGUGUAGAUUUUCUGGCACUAAAGCAGUUGGAUGAAGAUUGUAUUAGACAGUUAAUUCCAGUUGUAGGCCACAGGGCAAAGUUUAAAGCUAAUUGGAAAGAAUGGGUGAAAGAUAUGAAUAAGGCAUCUGAAAUCCAAAAUUCUAAUCUGGAUGCAUCGUUUGACCUUGAUACAUUUUUGCAUGAUCGCGACGAAACAAGUCUUAGAAUUGGAAAUGCUGUUGCUGAAAGUAGUUUUGGACAAGCAUCUGUGAGUCCCACUUUCUUAAAUCUAGAUUCUGGCCAGUCUACUGGUACAAUAGACGCUAUUCCCACAACAGAAAACGAAGAAAUCUGUGUGGUUGAGCCUGCAACAACCAGAAAAGAACCUGAAGCCAGAAGCGAAGUGAUAAAUCCGGUAUUAGCAAUUUUGCAAAAUUGUUUAGACGGUCGAGCAAUCUUAAAAGAAGGCCAAGCUAGAGAUGGUUUACUUCAACAAAAUAGUAGAAAACGAUUGUGCCAAUUAAUUAUUCAUAAUUUACUGGAGCAGGAGCCAAGUAAAACAAUAACUAGUCCAGAAUUUUACAGUUUAUCUUUAAAUGUUACAAACAUAUUUAAAAAGGAAAGUCCUGCGGUGUACUUUUCUGCCUAUCUAGCAGCAUCCAAUUUUCAAUUCAAGAAGAAUGCAAGUGGAAAAUUGUAUGAAACAUACAUAACAAGAAGAAGAAAGCUUCGUCAAGGGGGCAUAAUUAAGGGAAGAAGAUCAUCUUCAACAUCAACUUCUCGAACUUCGUCACCGGUGCCAGUUCGUCCUGAUGCUGAUACUGACCCUGUUGUAGAAGAAAAACUUACUUGGCUCCAAAAUAGUGUCCAACCGUGGCAAUUAGUACUACAAAACUGGCGUGAUACUGCAACAGUUAGACUUAAAACCAUUGAAAGUGGAGGCAACAUAUCAGAUUAUUUUCAAAAAUUUCCUGCCAUACAGCAGCCGGAGGGAUAUAAAUUAACACCAGGUGAUAUCGAACGACAAAUAAAUAAUACACUGGAAAAAGCAUUAAGGCGAAAAAUCUGCAGGGAAGUGCAACCAUACAUUUAA